AUUUACGCCACAGCAAGCAUUUUUUUAGGAAUAUCAAUAGUGCUCUAAGAAGCUUAUCUCCGUUUGACAAUUCGACUAAACAAAACUGUUUUGCAGAGAACUCAACGACAAACUUCCUAGGAAUAUCUACACCCUGAGUUUCACUCAAAAAUAUUUCUUAUUUUUUUAUAAGAUUGUAAAAUUCAUUCUGCUUAUGCUUAUAUACAAAAGAAAAUCUCCAAUUAUAGAUGAUGAACAAGAAAAAGGAGAUGGAAAUUCGAGAACAUGUUGUCACAAAUUCAAGUACCAGAAAGAGCAUCGGAAACAAGCGCUCCAGAAGUAGUAAUCCAGUAAAUGUGGAUCGCUUGACAAGAAAGCGUGCACGAGUGGAGGAACAUGUAUGGACUCAAUCUUCUUCAAGGACAGUUUCAUAUUGGGAUAUUGGAGAUCCAACUUACAAGUGUGACAAGUGUGGAGCAACAUUUUGGUAUGACGAAAGAUUGAGAGCUGACUAUAAAUCCAAAAGUCCAAAGUAUUCUCUUUGUUGUGUGAAUGGUACAAUAAAGCUCUCGCCGAUGAAGACUCCUCCUCAAGUACUACUUGAUCUACUAUAUGGUGAUAGUGAAAAGAGUAAACACUUUUUACAAAACAUACGAUCAUAUAAUAGUAUGUUUUCUUUCACUUCGAUGGGAGGAAAGAUUGAUGUUGAGCACAACAAAGGUAAAUCUCCACCGGUUUUCAAAUUACAUGGACAAAACUACCAUUUGAUUGGAAGUCUUAUGCCUGAAGAGAAUGAAGUACCUAAAUUUGCACAAUUGUACAUCUACGAUACUGCAAAUGAGGUGGUUAAUCGAAUCAGAUCUGUGAGGGAUGCAGAUGAUAAGAACACGCUCCAUGCCGACAUCGUUAGCGAUUUGAAAGAUAUGUUGGACAAAAAUAAUGCUUUCGUUAAGUCGUUUAGAAUGGUUGGCCAGAAAGUAACCGAUGGAGAGCUAAAUAUUCGGUUGAAACUCAUUGGGAAGAGAGUAUCUGAUGCUCGAACGUAUAACCUUCCUUCAACAUCCGAAGUGGCUGCGUUAAUAGUAGGUGACUUUGACGAAACUUUGGGUAACAGAGAUAUUGUGCUCCAAGCACACUCUGGAUCAUUGCAACGUAUAAAUGAACUGCAUCCGGCUUAUCUACCUUUGCAAUAUCCUCUUCUAUUUCCUUAUGGAGAAGAUGGUUAUCGAGAAGAUAUCCCAUUCUCUGAGUUGAAAAUUCCCACAUCAAAUGGAAGAACUACUGUCAGUGUUAGGGAAUAUUUUGCAUUUCGCUUGCAUGAAAGAGAUCAAGAAUCCCCAAGCAUACUCUUCUCAAAGAGACUCUUUCAACAAUUUGUUGUGGAUGCGUACACAAUGGUAGAAGCCGGGAGGUUGAGGUAUGUUAGGACGCAUCAACAAGAACUUCGAUGUGAGAUGUAUAAAGGUCUUUCGGAUGCAAUAUUGCGGGGAGAAACAGACUCACGCGCUCAAGGGAAGCGAGUUAUAUUGCCUUCUACAUUCACCGGAGGGGCACGAUAUAUGAUCCAGAAUUAUCAAGAUGCCAUGGCGAUAUGUCGUUGGGCUGGGUAUCCAGAUUUGUUCAUAACGUUUACUUGCAAUCCCAAAUGGUCUGAAAUUAGCCGCUUUCUUGAAGAAAGGAGGCUCAAACCAGAAGACCGAGCUGAUAUUAUUUGCCGAAUUUUCAAAGUCAAGUUGGACGGAUUGAUCAAAGAUCUUCGAGAUAAUAAAAUAUUUGGUCGUGUUAAAGCAGGUAAUAUACUACAACAUCUGUAUGCUUAUAUAUUUUAAGUGUAAUGUGUAAUUCUUUUCCCUAUAAUAAGCACAGUUCUUAUUUAUGUAUAAGUAAUUGUGGCUUCAAAGUGCUAACACCCUGGAUGAAGUUGAAGGGAUUAGAAAGUUUGUUGAAUGGAUUGCAAGAAUCGGUGAUGGCGCAAUUGGUGACUCAUCGAAUGGGUUUGCAACAAUUGAGAUACCAGAUGAUAUAUUGCUGAAAUAUGAAAGUGAUCCAAUAGCAACCAUAGUCCGAAGUACAUACCCCGGUUUUCCCGAUAUUGAUGAUGACCCCACAUAUUUGGAAAAACAGGCUAUACUGGCUCCAACUCUAGACGUUGUUGAUUCCAUCAAUCAAUACAUGAUGUCAUUGAAUACCCGAGAAUCAAAAACCUAUUUUAGUUCAGACAGUGCUUGCCAGUCUGACACAAAUGCGGAUGUUUUAACUGAUGUCUAUACCCCUGAAUUUCUAAAUAGUCUCAAGUGUUCUGGAGUUCCAAAUCACGAGUUGACUUUGAAGGUUGGCACUCCAGUUAUGUUACUGCGCAAUAUAGAUCAUUCAAUGGGGCUUUGCAAUGGGACAAGAUUGGUUAUCACAAGACUCGGAUGUCAUGUCUUGGAAGCUAAAAUACUGUGUGGGCAUAAUGCAGGGCAAAAAGUGUUGAUCCCAAGGUUGAAUUUGACUCCAUCGGAUGUUAGAAUGCCUUUCAAGUUUCAGCGAAGACAAUUCCCUAUAAUGGUUUCAUAUGCAAUGACAAUCAACAAAAGUCAAGGACAGUCGUUAUGUCAUGUCGGGUUGUUCCUAAAAAACCCGGUAUUCUGUCAUGGUCAACUCUACGUUGCUGUUUCCCGAGUUACCAGACGUGAAGGAUUGAAGAUAUUGAUAUGCAACCCCGAUGGUGCCUCCGAUAACUCAACGAUAAAUGUUGUAUACCCAGAAGUUUUUCAAAAUGUUUAGUUUUUUUUUAUAUUACACUGUUCUUAAUUCUCUAAUUCAACAACUUAUUAAUAUAUCUCUCAUAUCAUUUUUUUUAAUCUUAUUUUAUUAAAU